UUAAUCUGCACAGAUUCUUCAGCUAAAGAAAAGUUCUCUGUUACAAGAUAGAGACCAAAGCUAGUUUUCUUACAAUGCAAGUCUUCUUCUUCUUCUUUUUCUCUUUGAUUCUCUGUUCCGCUCUGAUCUUCUCUGAGACUCUCGAAAACGACAAGAGAGUUUUGCUUGACUUCUUGUCGCAUUUCACUUUACCUCUUCACCGCUGGAACCAGAGCUCUCCGAGUUGCCAUCACUGGACCGGAGUUACCUGCAGCGGAAACAGAAUCGUAUCCGUUAGAUUGCCCGCGGUUGGAUUAAACGGUUUGAUCCCACCAUUCACCAUCACUCGUCUCUCUUCUCUCAAGACUCUAAGCCUUAGAAACAACCAACUCUCCGGAGAGCUCCCUUCUGAUUUCGUCAACCUCAAGAACCUGACUCAUCUCUACCUACAACGCAACCGCCUCUCUGGUCCGUUCCCAGCGACCCUCUCGGAGUUAAAGAAUCUCAAAGUUCUCGAUCUUUCUAACAAUGAUUUCAACGGAAGCAUCCCAAACUCUCUCUCACGUUUGACCAGACUCAGAGUCCUGAACCUCGCAAACAACUCAUUCUCAGGUGACAUUCCCGAUCUCCAUCUUCCAAACCUGCAUCAAAUCGACCUGUCUAACAAUAAACUCACCGGCGCAGUACCUAAGUCUCUUCAAAGAUUCAAUACCUCAGCCUUCUCCGGCAACAACAUAAUAAUAACCGUAAAGGAGAAAAAACGCAAGACUCCUUUAGGGUUAAGGCAGCUUCCUUUCUUGCUCAUUCUCUCCGCAGCUUGCGUUUUGGGUGUCUCCGGACUCUCCUGUAUAAUAAUGAUCACUUGUUUCGGGAAGACUAGAAUCUCCGGGAAGUUUAGGAAGAGAGACUCCUCCUCCUCCUCCUCGUCCACUCCUCCAGGGAACUGGACAUCUAGAGACGAUGAAGAAGGAGGCAAGAUCAUAUUCUUUGGAGGAAAGAACCAUUUGUUUGAUAUAGACGAUCUGCUAAGCUCAUCAGCUGAAGUUUUGGGGAAAGGCGCGUUUGGUACGACCUAUAAGGUAACAAUGGAAGACAUGAGCACUGUUGUGGUGAAGCGGCUGAAGGAAGUAGUGGCGGGAAGAAGAGAGUUUGAGCAGCAAAUGGAGAUGAUAGGCAUGAUCAGACAUGAGAAUGUAGCUGAGCUAAAGGCUUACUACUAUUCCAAAGACGAUAAACUCGCUGUGUAUAGCUAUUACCCUCAAGGAAGCCUCUUCGAGUUGCUGCACGGAAAGAGAGGAAUGUAUGAUAGAGUAGCUUUGGAUUGGGAGGCUAGACUGAGGAUAGCAACAGGGGCAGCGAGAGGUCUGGUUAAGAUCCAUGAAGGGAACAAUGGGAGAUGCGUACAUGGGAACAUCAAAUCAUCAAACAUCUUCUUAGACGGCUGCAUCGGUGACAUUGGCUUAACAACCAUCAUGAGAUCUCUUCCUCACUCCACUACAGGUUACCACGCGCCUGAAAUAACAGACACUAGAAGAAGCACGCAGGCUUCUGAUGUGUACAGCUUCGGGGUGGUUCUACUCGAGAUUCUGACGGGGAAGUGGCCGGUAAAUGCGGAGACAAAACAUGGGGAGAAGAUGGAUUUGGUGACGUGGAUAAGGAACGUGGUGGCGAAAGAGUGGACGGGGGAAGUGUUUGACAUGGAGAUAUUGAGUGAAUCGGGUGGUUUCGAGGAAGAGAUGGUUGAGAUGAUGCAGAUAGGGUUGGCUUGCGUUGCUGUUAAGCAACAAGAACGGCCUCAUAUAGCUCAUGUUGUCAAAAUGAUUCAAGAUAUUCGAUCAACUGACUGAAAU